AUGAGCGACGUGAAGAAAAAACCCCGAUCGGCACAGGAACGAUGGGUGGCCGUCUAUCCGGCAUACAUCAACGCGAAGAAAACCGUGCAAGAGGGACGCCGAAUCACACAGGCUCAGGCUGUUGAGAAUCCGACGACUCAAGAGAUCUUCGACAUUCUCCAGGCUGGAAAUUUUGCUCCAAUUGCUGAGAAAAAGAUGUAUCCCCGUGAUCAGACGCGAGAUUGGGCGAUGCAGGGACGCGUGAAAGUACAAUUAUUGAACGACGAUGACACACCGAAAUUCAAGGAAUUCAAGACAAGAAAAGAGCUCUUUGCGUAUCUGUGCGAGACGAUUCCCAAGUUGAAAAGUCGACAACCGGGUUUCUCAGCUCAGAGCAGCGCCCAGCAAGGAUCAUCCGGUGGUGGUGGUGGUGGAGCGAAGAAAAACAAGAAAAAGAAA